AUGAGCAAUAACAUCUGUGGAUACCAGCUUUCCCGUUCAAGUGAAAUUAACGCGUUGCUGUCAUUUUCUGGAAGAAAAUGUCGAUAACAACUUGCCAGAAGGUUACUCUUAUAUCAUGCUCUGUUCUCUGCGUUUCUCUCUUUCUACCCAGGAUGCUUUUGCCCAGAGCGAAACAGGAGAUGGGGCAGCCUGAGGUUGGACCUGGGUUCUACCCUCCCGCCAUGCACAAGCUAACAGUGCCAGAAGACCCAGAACAGUGGGACGUGGACCCUUCGCUUUCAAUGACACACAGUUUGGAGGCAAUGGCAAAAGCAAAAGGCAUCAGACGAGGCAAAAAGUACAACCUGAUGACUCAAGUGAUACCCUUAUAUGGCUUUGGGAUCCUUCUUUACAUCCUUUACAUUAUACAUAAGCUGACAUGUAGGGGGAAGGCUAAUAAACCAGGGAAGAACUCUGCAGUAACCGUGGGAACCAGGAAGAACACAAUAAUCACUGCUAAUGAGCUUGCCAGGCUGCAGGAGAGACUUCUCCAAACUGAAGAGAUGAUGGAGAGGAUUGUGUCCAGGAGGAACAAUAGUUCUGGGAGUGGUAGACGAAGGAGGAGUAAAACCACCACGUCGAAAAAGGAGGAGAAAUUACUCAGGCAGCUGAGACAGAUCACACAGCUUAUUCAAGAGAGCCGAUUGGAGGGAGCCUCCCCAGAGAUGGAGGCCGAGGAGGUCCCAUACGGUGCAGACUGGGAAGGUUACCCAGAGGAGACCUACCCAGAGUAUGAUGAACCUUGCCCCAGACGUGGGUUUAAGACGGUUAAACUAGAGGAACCCCCCACACAGCCCACCGCUGAGGCCCUAGCAGAGAGGAUGGAGCAAGAGGAGGAAGAGGUUAUGGCAAGGAAACUUUCCAUAGUGCGAGAGGAAGAGGAAGAGGAAGAUGAGGAGGAGGAGGAGGAGGACACAGAAGCACAAGAUGAUGAGGAUGAAGAGGAAGAAGAAGAAGAGGAGGGAAUAGAAGAAGUUAUGGGAGUAGAGGAAGACAUAGAUGAGGAAGAGGAUGAGGAGGAGGAGGAGGAGGCAGAGAAAAGGCAGUUGCUCCGUCCUCCAUCAUCCCAGCCGGGUCCUGAAAGAACGACAACAAGAAUUGGUUUGGAGGUGAAGAAAGAGCUGCAGUGUAACAAUAGCGGGAAGAAGCAAAUCAGCUUCAGCGAACACAAGGAUGUCUUCCACUACCCUAAAGAGGACACUUACGAGGAUGGGGAAGAGGGCAAGGAAGAUCAGAUGGAGGACGAGGACGAGGACACAGAAGUGGAAGACGAGGAGGAAGCUGAUGAAGAUGACCCAGUGAUGGAGGCAGAGAGCCUGCAGUUCAGCUGUGAUGGCAGUUCAAACCCAGAGGAGGAAGCAGAGGAGGAUAUAGAAGGCAAUAUUUUAAUGUCAGCAAAUGUGGAGGGGGAGGGUCGAAUCUAUGCAGACACACCCAAGGAAGUCGGGAUGAGCGGCCUGAGGAUGCGGAACAGGAGGGAGACAUAAGGACUUUUUCUGCUUCUGAAAUGCGUUUGAAAACAGACAGUGAACUCAGACUUGUGUUACUAUUACUUCCUUAUAUGUUUAAACCAUAAAAUCCAAACUAAACAGAGGCAUGCAGUUAUGUUCUUAAGUGAUACUUUUGUACAAAUAAAUGUUUCCUUUUACCACAAGCA